AUGUCGCAUCAGCAUCGGAACAUAUUAAAUGAAAGGACCAAAAAUGUUGUGCAGACGUUGAAUAAAGUUAUUCGCAUGACUGGACUCUGGGAAACACCUAAUCGUACAUUUUAUUGGAUGGCCCAGGUUGCCAAGAUUUGUUUCGUAACCACAAUUUUGACGCAAGCCAUAGCUCUCUUUAUGGCAAGAGAAGAUUCCAAGAUGCUCUUCCACUGCUUCAGUGUGCUUACAUUUUGCGGCAUGGGUUUUCUCAAAAUGCAAACUUUGCGGGCGAACCGGCAGCGCUGGCAAUUGCUUCUCUUACGACUAGACAAUCUAGAAGACGAAGAAUUGAAUAUCGAAGACAAAGAUAGCCGCAACUGCUUCGCAAGCUCUAUCCAGAUGUACACCAAGCGUUUCCAUACAAUCUAUACCUUGAUAUACAGGGUCUAUAACGCUACUUUGGUAAUAUUUGUUACGUCACCAUUCAUUGAGACUGGGUAUUGGUAUAUUAACAAUUUGGAACUGGAUGGGUACCCUCAUGUUCUGCCUGGAUGGAGUCCAUGGGAUCACCUCAGUAUAUAUUUGUAUCUUAUCACUAUAUUUGCAGAAAUUAUAUCUGCUAUAUAUUGCGUGGUAGUACAUAUUGCAUUUGAUUUGACAACGUUGGGUUUGAUGAUUUUUAUGAGCGGACAGUUUAAGAUGCUGCGUUGCUUUAGUGAAGGCAUCGGAGGCGAUAGUGCCGAGAUAACAUAUAGAUUUUCACAUGAACUGGAUGCCAGGGCGCAUUUUAGAAUCGUAAAUUGCCAUCGCACACUUUCUACACUUGACAGUUCUGUUGCCGAACUGGACAAACUUAUAAAGGACAUAUUAGGCAUUUAUUACUUGGUCGCUGUUCUGACGUUAUGCUCUGUCGCAUUGAGGUUGAGUCUGGAGACGAUGAGCGGCAUGCAAGCAAUAUCCCUCAUGCAGUACACAGGCGGGACCAUCAUACAACUUUUCCUCUUCUGUUACUUCGGAGACAUGGUGUUAAAUACGAGUUCAGUAGGCGUGGGGGAAGGUCCGUUCGUGUCAUCGUACUGGAAGUUGAGUGCCGGCAUGCGUCGCGAGGUGGCGCUGCUCGCAAUAGGAAUGGCGCACGUGCGCCGCCUUCGAGCCGGACCUUUCAACUCUCUUGACCUACCCUCCUUUAUACAGAUCAUGCGAACUGCUUACAGCUACUAUGCAGUUCUACGAAAGAAGAGCAAUUAG